CAAUCCAAAACACAUUCCCUGCAGCAUAAAAAAAUUACAUGUAGAAAACACAUUCAUGGUUAUAUAAUCCGGAUUCAACGUAUCUGUUGUCAAAACAUCUAAAUGACCUUUAUUCUUACUUUGUAUUUGGUGCACUUAAUUUUAAUCUAGACUGGUCGAAUAUACAAAUAUUGAAGUUUGUAUUUUGUGAUGCGAACUUUUGAUAAAAAAAAUUAUCAACCCUCUAUCAAGUUUGUUAAUAGAUGAUGUCCAAAACCGAAACAUAAAUAGUGAUCCCAUUUUGUAAAUAGUUGAUACGCAGGUUAACAAACCGAUUGAGCUCAUUCUCACAUAUUAGGAACGUUUAACAUUUCUAAAUAACAGUGUUUAUGCUAGAGGGCGAUCGUGUGGCUGGUAAAGUCAUGUUUAUUGCUAAAAGCGCAUUUAAUUAAACCAUAGGUCCGAACAGUUUUUUUUGAUGCAUGGCCAACACAUAUGUAUGUACUUUUUGUGCAAAAUUAAUACAUCAGACAAAUAAUUAAAAUGAGGAUGAGCAAUUCGUAGAGCGAAGAUAUUACUGAUGAAAUUUGAGGCAUUACUUUUUUUUGGUUGAAUAACUGUAAAAGCCUGUGCUCCCCUAACCAUCAAUUUAUAGCAAAAUAGAACAUUUUCGAUGAUAAAUUUGCGUUAAAUAAAAAAUUUACUUUAAAAAAAAAGCUGCUGUCGGUCUCACCCUCUGCGUGAAACAGAGUGGAUCGUAUUGCUUACAGUAUAGAAUGAAUAUAUUAAUACAAAGUUUCAAAAGAAACAUGAUACCCGAAUUAACAUACUGAACAAAUAUAUUUUCUGGAAUGUUUAUGAAUUUUGUUGUCAUUAAAGCCUAAAACUAUUAGUAAUAUUUUAUGAGUAACACAUAAAGCCCCCUCCUUGCCUCAGACUGUUAGGUACGCCCACUUCUACUCGGUCCUAUUGGUUAGGAGAUGAGACUCUGCUAUGCUAACUGGUGGAAGCUCAUGUCAAUUAGUUGAGUAGCCAAAAGCUGUCGGUGUCAGUUUUCUGCGAGAAAUAAGAGAAAGGAAAGUGUGAGUAAGGCAAUCCUAUGCACUAGAGCGGGUUAUCCGCAAACUUCCUGUUUUAUCAACGGAAUUGAAACGAUUUAUAUCUGAAUUGUUGCAGAUCUAAUUUGACUUCAGACUGGCACAUGAAACCGCGCCUCUUUUUCAAGUGCUGAGUUCUUGUCCGAAGUGUGUUGUGCUUCGGUUGUGAUCUGACAGCUAUGGGAGUCUCGUCGAGCAACAUUGCCGCUGGUAGAAUUUGUUGAGAAUACAAACAUUACUUGGAGUAUUGUUUAUUAUAAUUUAUGCACAAAAUGGCGGAAGGUCGGAAGGAGAGUGGACUUGAUGGAUCUGAGUUACUUCAGGAGCCUGAGCCAGUUGGUGAUUCCCGCAAAGCUUGGGACACAACGGAAGAAGACUUGGAAACUGUUGGAGCAGCGGUGGCCAGCGGAAAGGGCAGGAGGAGGCGAAGUGCUGUUUCAGCGGCUGGAGAUCGUUUCAGUCCCGGAGAAUCUACGUCCUUGGGAACAACAGGAGAUGUAGAAGCUUGUCUCAUUGAGGCUGCCAAAGCGACACCCCGCAGAAGUAGCAUCAUUAAGGAUUCUACAAAACAGAAGCACGAACAGAAGAAAACUGUAUCAUUCAGUAGCAUGCCUUCUGAAAAGAAAAUUAACAAUGCCAGUGACUGUAUCAGCUUCAUGCAAGCUGGCUGUGAGUUGAAGAAAAUACGUUCAAAUACUCGAAUCUAUAGUCGCUUUUUUACUUUAGAUCCUGACCUUCAGGCUUUACGUUGGGAACCUUCCAAGAAGGAUCCUGAAAAGGCUAAACUUGAAAUUUCUUCUCUUAAAGAAGUCCGAGUUGGAAAAAACACAGAGACUUUCAGAAGUUGUGCAGUUGUGGAUCAGAUUUGUGAAGACUGUUCAUUCUCCUUAAUAUAUGGAGAAAACUAUGAGUCUUUGGAUUUGGUAGCCAGUUCUGCAGAUAUUGCUAAUAUCUGGGUUACAGGCCUCCGCUACGUCAUUUCACAUAAUAAGCAAACAUUGAAUUUGAUAGAUGGGAGCCAGAAUACGCUAAGGACCACAUGGCUUCAUUCUGUGUUCAGUGAAAAUAGUAAAGCCAGCAAUGGAAUUAUGUUGGAAGAUGAAGCUGUGAAGGUGAUAAUGCAACUCAAUCAUGGUUUAAAAGAAUCAAAAAUCAGAAUUAAAAUUAGAGAGUUACAAAAUAAUAAAGGGAAACUAGCUACCUGGGUAACAAAGGAGGAAUUUACUGACAUUUACUAUGAUCUUUGCACUAGGCCUGAGGUUUAUUUCUUGCUUGUGCAAAUUUCUAGGAAUAAAGAAUUUCUGGAUGCCAAAGACUUGAUGUUUUUUUUAGAAACUGAACAAGGAAUGAUCAAUGCAACUGAAGAAAUGUGCCUUGAUCUUAUACGAAGGUAUGAGCCUUCAAAGCAAGGUCAGCUGAAUGGUAAUCUCAGUAUUGAUGGCUUUACUCGGUACCUGAUAUCACCAGAAUGCAAUAUAUUUGAUCCAGAGCACAAAAAAGUCUGUCAAGAUAUGACUCAACCUCUAUCCCAUUACUAUAUCAAUGCAUCUUAUAACACCUAUGUUGCAGAAAACACCGCUAGAAGCUCUUCUGAUCUGCUUGGAUAUAUUAGGGCCUUAAAGUUGGGCUGCAGAAGUAUUGAACUUGAUGUAUACGACGGUCCAAAUGAACCAGUUGUCAGUAAACGCAACAAUGUGACCUCACCAAUCAGCUUCAAUAAUGUCAUUAAAGUAAUUAAUCAGUAUGCCUUUGUAACCUCCGAGUACCCUUUGAUUAUAUGUUUGCGAAAUCACUGUUCAGUAGGGCAACAAAAAGUCAUGGCACAAAAACUGAAAAUGAUCCUUGGAAACAAAAUAUUUACAGAAACACCAAAUUCAACACAAAGGUACCUCCCAUCACCAGAGAAGUUAAAGAGGAAAAUUAUCUUGAAGGGAAAGAAAUUGCCGCAAAACAUUGACUUAGCUGAAGGUGAUGUGACAGAUGAAGAUGAAGAAACAGAAAGUUCCCGAAGUUUAACAGAUACAUUUUUUGUUACUAAGCGGACUAUUCAUCUAUGUAGGGAGCUCUCAGAUUUGGUUACUUUAUGUAAAACUGUACAAUUCAACAAUUUUCAUAAUUCAAUGAAGAGGCAGAAAUAUUGGGAAAUGUGUGAUUUUGGUGAAGGUGAGGCACGUGCAUUGGCAAAUGAAUAUCCAGAUGACUUUGUGAACUACAAUAAGAGAUUUCUGUCACGAGUGUAUCCUAGCAAUUUCGGAUUUGAGUCAAGCAAUUUGAAUCCGCAAGAAUUCUGGAAUUGUGGCUGCCAACUGGUAACCAUCAAUUAUCAGACCCCUGGUCCAAUGUUGGAUCUUAAUGUUGGUUGGUUUCGACAGAAUGGGUGUUGUGGCUAUGUCCUACGCCCUGCAGUUAUGCGUGAUGAGGUGUCCUACUUCAAUGCAUAUAUUAAAGGAAUAGUUCCUGGAUCCUUACCUCAGCUUCUACAUGUAAAGAUUAUUAGUGGUCAGAUGUUUCCAAAGCCAAGAGGUUCUGGAACAAAAGGAGAUGUCAUCGAUCCAUAUGUGUAUUUGGAAAUCCGCGGCAUUCCUGCAGAUUGUGCAGAAGUGAGAACAAGGACUGUUCAUUUAAAUGGAGAGAAUCCUAUUUUUGAUGAAAGUUUUGAAUUUGAAAUCAACCUGCCUGAGCUUGUAACACUCCGAUUUGUUGUUUUAGAUGAUGACUACAUUGGAGAUGAAUUUAUUGGCCAGUACACAAUCCCAUAUGAGUGUUUACAGUCCGGUUAUCGGCAUAUCCCUUUACACUCAUUCACUGGGGAAGAAAUUGAGCUUGCUACACUUUUUGUUCACAUUGCAAUAACAGACCGAAGAGGUGGGGGAAAGGCUCACAAGCGUGGAUAUUCUGUCAGAAAAGGAAAGAACACAAUAAAAUACACAAUGUUAAGAAAUACUGGGAUCAAGAUUGUUGACGAUGCGUUUAAAAUUGCAGGCCAACCAUUACGAGAAGCUACAGAUAUCCGAGAAAAUAUGCAGAAUGCCAUAAUCUCGUUUAAGGAAAUAUGUGCCUUAGCUCCUACUGCCAAUCUGACUCAGUGCAUACUGACUAUGUCAUCAAGAUUAUUGAACAAUGUCAACACUUCUACAGUAACACUCAACAUGAAAGACAAAUACCCAUAUUUGGAACCAAUUGGAACACUAUCAGAUGUACAAAAGAAGAUUUUGUCAUCAUAUGACCAGGUGAUACAUGAAGCAAGGUACCUGAUUGAUGUUGCUGACACUAUAUAUGACAAGAUCAUGCAGUGUUGGAAGUCAGGACUUGAAUUUCAUAGGGGAAUACACGGUUUAGCAAAAAAGGAGGGUAUGAAGGGAGCCAAGAUAAAUAAAGCACUGGAAAAUUUUGCAUGGAAUAUCACCGUAUUGAAGGGCCAAGGGGAUUUACUGAAAAAUGCUAAGAAUGAGGCGCUGGAAAACAUGAAGCAAAUCCAAACUGCUUGUGUCUCAUGUGGACUGAGCAAGUCAACAAGUGGAAGUGCAUCGAUCAAAUCCAAAUAAAGUCUUCAGGAAAUACAGAAAAAGAAAAUGGAGAAUAGAAUGAAAGUCCUCAUAAUUUCAAUGCCAGACCCAGUACCUUGAUGAUGGAGUCAGAAUUACUGCUAGUAGUUAACAACCAAGUUAUUUCCCUGGGUGAUACUGAAAAUACUAACAAAACCUUUAAAAAGUACAUAUUUUAUGGCAUAUACCACAAUAAAAUAAUUCAAGGAAAAAUAUAUUAAAGCAAUAUAUCUAACAUUCAUAUAAACGCCUUUGAACUUGCAUUUUUGGCCCAUUUAAAAGAAAGGAUGAGAACGGGAACUACCAAAAUCACAAUCAGCAUGCACGUUUCUUUAUGUUUUUCAUUGUUAUUAUGCAUGUAUUAGCUUUUUAAAUACAUUUUAAUAAGAACAAAAAUAUUUCACUGUACAUUUUUGUUAUGCAUUGCAGUAUUUUUUCUGUUGUGAGGCUAUUGUAUGUAAAUGCUGCUUUUAUUUUAAAACAACUGCUCAUAUAUGUGUUGGGGACAUCUUUCAAAUUAUAUUCUGAAAUGUCCUACUCACUCACUCUGUACACAGCUGAGGAACAAAGUCAAGCCUGGAUUCCGUAAUCAGAAAGCCUCAAAUAUAAAAGAAGAGUUUACCAAAGUAGAGCAAAAUGAUUUGUUUAAUAGAUUAACUUCUGAGGAAUAUAGAUAUCACUUUGUGACAAAUACAAAUUGUAACUAAAUUAAGAUUUUCAGUUGUUUUGCUGAAAUUUAUGAAAAAAGCAAUAUUCUACAUUGCUGUGCAUCCUCUUAAUUUUCAGGUGCUUACUCACUCUGCAAAAUUUGCAUAUUCAUCAAUGCCUUACCAGUCUUUCCAGUGAUUACCUGAGAGAUACAGGAACCAAAAAGAUCCUUGGUUGGUGCUGGAUUACCCUAUGUCAUCCAGCACCUUGGAGUGAUAAAAUUGGCCAGAGUUCGCACUAUCCAGUUUCUCUUUCUGGAAGGAGGUGAAGACAGCUUGUGGGAAAAGUAUCAACAUCAAUUGUAUGCAUCUAAGAGUAAUGUAGUCUGCCUAUCUCAAGUGCCACACAGCAAAAGAUAGUUAAUUGGCUGAGGCAGAAAGAAAUUUCCAUAAAUGUCUUCAAGGUUGGAGAGAAAAGAAGGAAAUUCAACAUGGAAAAUAAAUUGCAUGAGCUGUUUUUGCAGAUGUAUGAUACAUAAUGGAUAUUUGCAAAAGUUGACCUUGCACUUGCAUAUGAAGUUUCAAAAUAAUUUGUUUCCUCAGAGGAGUAAGCAUUUAGUCACUCAAGACAAGAUAAAUUUAGAAAAUGAAUGAACUGAAAACUAUAGGUUCCAAAUGAGGUGAAUACACAUCAAGAAGACUUUCCCACAGCUGCAAUCCUAAUUGAGCUCUGUGCUUGGUAAUCAGAGUUUGAACUAGACCCUGGAUAGACAUUUGUAAUUGUGCUUCUCCUUUGGGACAGUGUUUUCAAAUGUUGGUUAUGUUGCCUGGAAGAAUCAGGAAGAAUGGCUUCCCUGUACUAUCCAAAGGCAACAAUCAACCUUAACAUUGUUAUUAUUGCAAUUAUCGAAGACCUUUGUGGGCCUAACCUUCCUAUCUUCUCUAAACAAGUAUCAAUGCAUGAGUCAGGCUGAACAUACAAGGCAGAAGAUUGGUGGAAUGGGAGUAAAUGGGACAACCAAAUGAUGUCAUACUGGAAAAGGUGUUCCAGUCCAUCCAGCCUGUCCCACACAAUGCAAUGGCUUGUGCUUUAUGUAUAGAUUCCAACCACUAUGUGAUCAGCCAAAUUAAAGUCAACAAAGAUCGGAUAAGACCAGGCAAACCUGAAGGACAAUGUCAGGGAGGUUUAUCUCUAACAAUUGUACAUCCAUUCUCCCCAGUCCCACCUCCCAAACUGCUUUGGCAUUUACUAGUCCAGAGUAUCUCUGUGCUCCUGACAAUGUCAUGCUGUGCCUACCUUACAUUGGGGAUGAUUUCCACCCUAGCUAGAAACUGCCCCAGCUCUUUAUUGAAGGAGUUUCAUGAAACAAUGGCAGCCUACUUCAGAGGCCCACUGUUCUCAGGGAAAGGAACGCCAUUGUGUGCUAUUUUCAACAGUGCAUUGAGUAAAAGAAGCUAGAUUUUUUCUCUUUAAAGCUAUUUUCUGGAUUUCAAAAUAAGAAGUAGUGAAACAGUGGACAGUUAACAAGGACAUUUUUGAAGGAUUCUUAUUUACUCAUUUCCUUAGUAUAUUUCAUUUUUAUUCGCAAAGUAGUCAUCUUCUGAUUUCUCUGCUUUAGAGGACAGGUUUGUCCCAUGCAGUCAUUUGAUAUGGUCUGUAAUGAGAUCAAUAGAUUUUUGAAGGUUGAUGAAGUCGAGCGAUAUGGAGAAAGAGGUUGAGCAUUAGGCAUGAUCUUACUGAAAGGUGGAGCAGACUUGAAACAUUGUAUCACUUACUCCUGCUCCUCAUUCUUAUGAUCCUAAAUCUAGCACGCAUUCAAAUAACACGUCUUUGAUCCGAGAUGAUACUCUAAUCUUCAUUAAGUUUAUUAAGGAGCUGUCUUUGAGAGUCAGUGUACAGUCACUACUACACAUUCUUUAAACUUUUGUACCUAUUUGAUGAUAUAGCAUUUCUUUUGUCUUUUCAAUAUAUUGCACUUAGUGUUUUUCAACAAAUGGUUAUUAGUCUUGUUAAAGUGUAGGGAUUACAUAUUGCAGUCCAGGUUGAUCCUUUGUAUACUGACUAUAUUUCAAAUUAUGUAUAUAUUUUAUCAACAUUCAAUUUGUAAAUUUAAUUAUUGUUAUUGACAAAGUUAAAUAUGCAUUUAUAAAAUAUGUUUCCAUUCAUUCUAUUUCCAAAUAAAUUAAAAUAUUGUAAAUCUUGAUGUUUUUUCAUUUAGAUUAGCCAAGCAAAUGUCAUUCAAAUGACUAAUGCAGAUGUGUGAAAUAUACAACUUCAUAAGUAGAAUCCCAUCAAAUCCAAACUGUUCUUUGUCUUUUCUGCUUAAUAUUUUUGUUUCUUAAAUAACCAAUUACAGUUUGGAAGAAUUUGUGGACGCGACAAUAACAAUAGUUUGUGACAGAACGUGCCAUUUUAACAACCGUUUUAAGUUGUUUUGUGAUCAUCUUUAAUUUUUUGCCACUCGUAACCAUCUUUGUAACUAGUGGAAAUAAUCUUUCACUACUUAACCCUUUACUACCUUGAAAACUUCCUAACCGCAGCUGCAAUAAAAGCUUGAAGCAAUCUACUAAGGAUUCUGGAAAUCUAAAAUA